AUGAAAGGGCUCAAUGGAGUCAGUCCGCCGGCAGCCAUAGCACACCAAAACUUUACAGUAGAGUGUGCGGUCCUCGUGUUGCACUUUAACGGUGUCGGUAGUGUUGUGCUGAUUGACGGCAGUGCUUCUAUAUUCUGUGCGAAUCUCACACGCAAUGCCCGCUACCACUUCGACAAGCGUAGCAUUCCCAUUGAAGUCCCCGUGAGCGCCCGCUUCGACGUGGAGGGCGACUUUGUGGCUCACCACAGUGUGUUAGACUCCACGGUAGAGGACCUGAACGCGGUCCUCGACGCCGCCCGGGCAGAUGCCUUUGUGGAGCUCGGGAUGCACCGCCCAGCCCCUGCGGCCUCGCCCAACGACCGGCGUGGGGAGGCUGGGAAUCCAGACGAGGAGGCCUACGCGGGCCCCCGCGUGUUAGUCGUGGGGGAUCAAAACAUGGGCAAGAGCAGCCUCUGCCGCGCCCUCGUGAACCUCGGCGUUCGCGGGCGGCGGUGCGGGAUCACUUUUGUCGACGCGGACGUCGGGCAGCAGGGCGUCUCCUGCCCGGGCAGCGUCUCCGCCGUCUUCAUGGAGGGGCCCGUCCCGGUGGAUGAGGCGUUCAACGCCGUGAUGCCGCUUAGUUUCUUUUUCGGUAGCAAAGUCGUAACGGUCGCGACGCGUAAGCGGUAUUUGGAUCUUUGUGCGUGCAUCGCGCAGGCCGCGACCGCGGUUGGCUUCGCGAAGCCGCACUUUCAGUGCGGUGGUAUGAUCAUCAACACGAUGGGCUGGACAACAGGGCUCGGUCAGGAUCUGCUGAUUGAACUCGCGGCAAUUUUUUCUGCUACGCAUGUCAUCGUCGCGGGCUCGGACGUGGCGCUGGAGACGGCUAUGGAGAAUUCUGUGCUCGGUCGAAGUGUGCGUGUAAUGCGGUAUCCUAAGCAGUCACUGAUCUUGAAGCGUAACGCCUCGCUUCUCGCAGAAAUGCGAACUCAACAACUUGUUUCAUACUUCGUUGGAACUCCUCGAACGCCUCUUUUGCCUGCUCGACUCGUCGCAAAAACCACCGAGGUGUACUUCUUGAACUCUCUGACACUCGACUUGAUGUCCUGGCAGGAUAUUAAGUCAUGCAGCCUUGCGGCAGUCGUUUGGGCGGACAGUGUGGAAACUGCCGCAGAGGCGAAUGUAGCGGGGUAUAUCGUCCUUUUAGAGAUCGGCAAGCGCUUCUUUUCUUUCCUCUCGCCAGCCUCCGGUGCCCUGCCAAAGCCAUAUCUAUUGGUCUCAAGCACCAUUUCCUUACCCCCAUCCAAGGUCCCACCUUUAGGGGGGACAGCAUAG